AUGGCCCUCGGAUGGGGAGCUCUGGAUAUGAUCCAGGCGAGUACCGUUGACUAUGCGGGACUGCUUGUGUGUCGAAUUCUAGUCGGUAUCUUUGAGGCCGGAUUUGUCCCGGCUAUUGCAUUAUAUUUAAGCUUUUUUUAUCACCGGCGUGAAAUGGGCUUGCGCUAUGGUCUAUUUAUGGCUUGUUCCCCGUUAGCUAAUGCUUUGGCUUCUGCCAUUGCGUAUGGUGUCGUAACUGGCCACGAAAAGCUCUCACAUUGGCAGAUUAUCUUUCUGAUCGAGGGUACCCCUACUCUUAUUCUGGCAAUUGUCGCCUACUUCUACCUCCCAGACGGCCCUUUUCAGUGCCCAUUUCUCAGCGAACAUGAUAAUAAUAUUAUUGGACAGCGAGCUGUGAUCGGCCGCGGAAGGGAUCAGGGAAAGAAAAUUGACGUUAAGCAGGCUUUCGCCGCAUUUUACGACUACAAAAAUUACCUCCAGGCUGCAAUCAUCUUCUGUCUCAACACAGCCUUUGGCUCACUCCCGGCAUACCUCCCAACCAUUCUUUCAAAUAUGGGAUUCUCAAAUAUACAAGCCGAAGGACUAUCCGCAAUUCCGUACAUUGCAUCUUGUGUGUGCUGUGUUAUCAUCAGCUUCAUUUCCGACUACUUUCAAGCACGGGGUGUCUUCAUCGCUGUCUUCGCUACCUUGGGAGGUGCAGGAUACGUUAUGUUAGCGGUGAUAGCAAACAACGCCGUCCGUUUCCUUGCUACUUUUUUGAUAUGUGCUGGCGUUUUCCCGGCUGUUUCCCUCACCUUUACCUGGGUGACCGAUAAUCAAGGAUCAUCUUCCAAGCGUGGCGUGGGCCUCGCAAUCUUUGGCAUGAUAGGUCAAUGUGGCCCACUAUUGGGUGCCAGACUCUUCCCAUCAAACCAAGGCCCUAUGUACUCUAAGGGCAUGUGGAUUUGUGCCGGGGUGCUUUUUGGAGCUGCCUUGUUCGCUCUCGUUCUUCGGCAGCUUGUUUGCCGUGAAAAUUUGCGCCGUGACCGGGAUUAUGGACCCAGUGAUCCUCAGUACGCACCCGCGGAUCUUGCAGACCAAGGUGAUGAGCAUCCCAUGUAUCGCUUUGUUUUGUAA